AUGGCACCGCUGAUUGCUGCAGGAAAGCGACGACAGUUGAACGAAGAAGACGUUUGGUUUCUUCCAUUUGAGUUUCAGCACCAUAGGCUGCACGAGAGGUUUAGUCGGCUCAAAGGGUCAGUGCUUAGCCGGGUGCUACAAGCGAAUGGAAUUGACCUGCUCAUCUUGACACUGAUUUGGUUUGUGAGAACAGCUUGCGAUUCCUCUUCACCACUUCUCCUGCAGAAGCUCCUACAGGUUACCAAAGACCCAGCCAUUCCUAAGCGGAUGCCUCUUACGUAUGCAUUCUUAACGAUGAUGAUCCGUGUGGUUGGAGCACAAGUGCAAGUCUUAAAUCUUUGGUAUGGUAGACGAUGCUACGAGAGAAGCCGUGGCGAGAUGAUCAUGAUGGUUUAUGAAAAGGCUUUGUCAAGGAAGAACGUGUCCGGUCAAAAGCUUCAAGCGGAAUCUUCUGGGGCCACUCGCGAAACCGAAGAGCCUCCGGGCGAGUACGCGGAUGAUGGGAAGAAGUCAGCCAAGAAGAGAAGAGCCCCGUGGUGGAAUCCAUUCAAAUCAAGUAGAACCAGCGACAGCGGCACAGAAUCAAACGAGGCUGCAUCAAUGGGAAAAAUAUUGAACCUUAUCCAAGGGGAUGUCUACGAGAUUUCCGAGCGAUUUUGGCAGUUUGAUUCUCUACUCGAUGCUACCCUCGGGCUGAUUAUUGCCAUUUUCCUAGUGUGGAGCCUACUUGGGCCGUCAUGUCUACUCGGUGUCGUCACUGUGCUAGUCGCUCAGGUUCUCAACGCCUUCAUCACCUGGAUACUGGUUCGCUGGGAGCGGGUAAGAAGAAAAGCGACGGACUCUCGACUUCGAAUUACUUCUCAAUUUGUCGAAGCAAUCCGUCACCUGAGAUGGUAUGGAUGGCAGAAACACUGGCUAAAUCAGGUCGCGGACGCCAGAAAACACGAACUACGUCUGCGCAUCAUUACGGGCGUCUGGGGAAUUAUGCUUGGGGUAGUUAGUUCCCUUUCCAGCGGAUUGUUUCCCGUUGUGGCCCUCUAUGCCUAUACUGUCUUGGCUCAGCAACAGUUGAGUAUCGAUAUCAUUUUCCCUGCUUUGCAUCUUUUCACCAUGCUGGAGAUACGCAUUCAACGUAUCCCAAACCUAAUUACUAUUUUUAUGAACGCCUCAGUUGCGCUGGGAAGGAUCGAAGAUUUCAUGUCAGAACCAGACAAGGAAACGGAGCCAUCCGAUGAUUCUUUUUAUGCCUGGCCCGGGACUGACGCUCCUGUUCUUUCGGAUCUAUGUGUUACGAUUCCCGAGGGCUUGACUGUUGUUUCAGGGAAGGUUGGCUCUGGGAAGACGGCUUUCCUGCCAGCGCUACUCGGCGAAAUGGAUAAAACAACAGGUGUCUCUCAUAUUCCUAAUCAUAUGACUAGUUACUUCGCCCAAACACCAUGGUUACAAAGCAUGAGCAUUCGAGAAAAUAUUCUGUUCUCAUUACCAUAUGAUGAGAGACGUUAUAAACUAGUUUUGGAUGCCUGUUGCCUAGGUCAAGAUAUGGCUAGCUUUAAACAUGGGGAUCUAACUCUUAUUGGAGAGAACGGCACUGGGCUUUCUGGCGGCCAAAAGGCAAGUGUCGCGCUUGCAAGAGCUGUAUACAGCUCAGCUAAAGUUCUUCUUCUUGAUGAUCCCUUGUCAGCCCUCGAUUUUAACACCGCAGAGGCAGUGGUCAGCAAAUGUCUGUCUGGACCUUUAAUGCAGAACCGAACCGUUGUCCUUGUUACUCACCGCACAACGCUGGUUCACAGUCUUGCGCAACAAAUCAUUAGCAUCGACGACGGACGGGCUACAACGUAUGAUAAGGAAUAUAUCCGUUCAAUGCUGAUCGGGGAUAACACUCGGGAAGGAACCCCGACAGAUGACACAACGCAAACAGCGCCUGAAAGCCCUGUUGACGAGCUUUCGGAGACAGUGCCUGACAAAUUCAUCGAGGAAGAACAUCGGGCCAAAGGGGGGGUUAAGGGCAGUGUUUAUUGGGGCUACAUCAAGGCGGGCAAACUCAGAUGGUGGGCUGUGCUCGUUGUUGUCUUGACAGUCUACCGCUUGUCCGCGGGCGAAGCGUAUGAGAAGGAGCAGGUAUUAAUGCGCUUCAUGGGCAGCAAUCACGGCAUGUCCAAUAUUGAUAGGUCUCAGUCUCAGUCUCUUCCUGCCGUGGAAGCUUUUAUCCUCCCCACGACACCCUCCGACACAUUCCCACGGCCCGCUGACGAUGUUCGCCCGUGGCUCUGGGCUUUUCUUGCCAUCACCACGCUCCAAACCAUCAACCUCCUACUCGCAUCCCUUGUAAUGGUUGUCGUCGUAUACUAUGCCAGCAAAACAAUGUUUACCCGAGCCAUGGUGCGUGUGAGCUCGGCGACAUUCAGAUACUUCGAUGUGACGCCAAUAGGCCGACUGAUGAACCGCCUCACCUCAGAUAUUGGCGUUGUGGAUGGCAACAUCAGCCAGCAGUUCAGGCUAUUCAGCUUCAUGGCGAUCACCUGGGUAACCUCCGUCGUAGUGAUUGCAUCUAUUACUCCGAGUUUCUUAGCGUUCACGGUGGUGCUGACCGCCCCGCUGAUGUCGAGUUUUGGCGAGCUUCUACAUGGCUUGACUACCGUCCGUGCGUUCCACGCGGAGAAACGGUUCAUGGAUCGAGUCAUUGGCGUCGUUGAUAAAUUCCAAGGCAUGGACCACUUCUAUUGGUCCCUGCAGGCCUGGUUGACAUAUCGCUUCCAAAGCCUGUCUGCCAUGUCGAUUUUCUGCCUUACUAUAUUGGCUCUCUAUACCGGUAUCUCCGCGGGCAUGAUUGCGUUUGUCCUCGUCGCGGCAGACGGCUUUGUCGUAUCUAUCAAGUCCCUGUACCUACAGUAUGGCCAGAUCCAGAUGGAUUUCGUGUCUGUGGAGAGGGUUGACGAACUGUGUCAUGUCGAGCAGGAGCCGUCCGGCAGCAUUGAGCCACCAGCUGCGUGGCCCCGUUUCGGCUCCGAUAUGGUCGUUGAAGACGCGACUGUGCGUUACGCACCUCAUCUCGACCCGUCUCUGUUGAACAUUUCCCUUCGGAUCCCGGGAGGAUCCUCUACCGCCGUGAUGGGCCGCACGGGGAGCGGCAAGUCGACCCUGGCUCUGUCUCUCCUGAACGUCGUACGCCCGGACUCCGGUCGCAUUCUGAUCGAUAACAUCGACAUCGCCAAGGUGCGUGCACACGCAGGCCCUGCGGCAGCGCGUCACCUUCGCGACUACUCCGAUGCCGAGUGUGCGGAUGUCCUCCGCCGCGUUUGCCAGAACCAGAACAGGCACGGGUGGACGCUGGAUACAGACGUCGAGGCGGGCGGUCGCAACCUUAGCCACGGCCCGCGCCAGCUAAUCGGCCUGUCAAGAGCGGUGCUGCGACGGAGCCCCAUCGUCAUUCUCGACGAGGCGACGGCGUCGAUUGACCAUGAGAGCUCCCUAGAGAUCCAGCAGAUUAUCCGCGAGGAGCUGAGGGACUCGACUGUUGUGACGAUCGCGCACCGGCUAGAAGCUAUCAAGGAUGCGGAGUAUUUUGUUGUGUUGGAGGAUGGCAAGCUUGCCAGGCAUGGGUAUGUCACGGAGCCCAAGGGGAAGGGGGGGGAGUGA